AUGGCACCAAAAAAAGUCACGGAAUUACCUUACAAUACAAUUAUUCAAGCAUUAGAAGAUCAUCUUUGUCCGAAAAGAAACGUGUUGGUGUCUCAGCAUAAGUUUUUAUCUAUUUAUCAACAGGAAAAUGAAUCGAUUGCUGAAUAUGUGACUCAACUGAGAAGUAUGGUCAUUGAAUGCAAUUUUAUUUCUCCAUGUGAGUGCAAAGCAAAUAUAGCAGACGUGUUUUUACGAGCCCAAUUUAUUCGUGGGGUUAAAGAUAAUUCAAUUCGAGAAAAAUUGCUACAGACUCAAAAUAUAGACUUCAAGGAAAUUGUAGAGAAAGCGGUUGUGUUAGAAGCAUCAAAAAGUGAUAGCAGAGAGAUAAGGGCAAAUCAAGUAGAAGCGACUGAAAAUUCGGUCACAGAUAUCAAUCGUGUUACAAACAAAAACAAUCUGCCAAGAAUGAAUUUCAAAACUAAUGAACGUUCAAAAAUAAACUUCGAAGAGCUCGGUAUUAAAGACUUGUGUAUUCGAUGUGCCCGCCGUAAUCAUAGAGUCCGAGACUGUCGGGUAAAUCCUUCUAAGCUAAAGUGUUACACUUGUGGAAAAAAGGGACACGUCGAAAAAGUAUGCAUUCAGAAAUUAAUGCGAGAUACAAAUCAAGUCAGUGACGAUGAAACAGAAAUCAAUCAAAUUCAUGAUUAUAAUAUAAUAGUUGAUAUUUUCGAAAACAAACAAAUAGACAGCAAUGUUUCACCAAAAUAUUUCGUAACUGUACAAAUAAAUGGAAAGUAUCAAAAAUUCGAAGUAGAUUCAGGCGUAGGUUAUACAUUAAUACCAAAAAAAUUAUUCGAAAACUUGAAUUUAGAAGUAAAUGUUUCGCGAUCUAAGAUAGCUUUCCGUUCAUACACAAAAAAUGUGUUUGUGCCAGACGGAGUAGCUAUAGUUCAAGUUAAGUAUGGUAAUCGCGUUUUUCAAGAAAGCAUGUACAUUGUGUCAAAUGAGUAUUCACCACUAUUAGGAAGGUCAUGGAUCAGGAAGUUAAAAAUAAAUCUCCAUGAGAUAGACAAUAAAAUAAACAAACAAGAGAGUCAAGUGGUAAAUUCAAUAACAGAAAUAAAUGACAUUAGGCAGAAGUUUCCAGAAGUAUUUACGCAGAAAAUAGGGUGUGUUCCCAAUAUCGAAUUAAAUCUGAGGUUAAGAGAGAAUGCAAAACCUGUUUUUAUGAAAGCUAGAGAGAUACCAUAUGCGCUAAAAGAGAAAGUUGAUCAAGAACUAGAAAUGCUGGAAAAAGAAGGCAUUAUAAGCAAAAUCGAUGCAAGUGAUUGGGGUUCGCCACUGGUAGUGAUUCCAAAGGCAGACGGAGGAGUAAGGUUGUGUGUCGAUUACAAGGCAAGCGUUAACCCAUUUCUCGUUUCUUCAAACUACCCGUUUCGGAAAACAAAAUAUACUAAAUAG